CCGAGCAAACAGCCAAACAGGCUACAAGCAACGACCCCAAAGAGAGGGCUCUCCGAGAAAAGGUGGAAAGGAUGAAGAAGAGAAAGGAAGAGGACGAUGCCAGAUGGAAAUCUGGUUCUCAGUGGAGAUGGGAGAUCAUCAGUGGUCGUGCUGGGCAGACGAGAAAGGAGGGAGAGGAAAAGUGGAAGACCGCUAUGGAAGGACACUCUUAUUGGCGCGAGGAAAAAGGUGAGAGCGACAGUCAGAUGCAAUGCCGAUGGGAACGUGGUGUAUUCCUGGCAGGAAGACUCCAAGAUGGAGAUGCUUUCAUGUCUGAUGAUGAAGAUGAGAAUGGUCAGGGUCCGAGCAAGCCACGAAAGAAGAACAGGGAUCCCGAACACUUGAAGGCGCUCGAUACGCAGCACUGGCUCGAGCUUGUAGACCCUCAAGGUGAGACGAGUGGACCAAGACUAGGCUAUUCAAUAAUAUAUCUUGCCAGUACUAUCAUCAAAAGUGGUUGGAGGAAGAUACGCGUGAUAACUUUUUCAGAUGGUCAGUCAUUUCCAUCUGAACGACUCGACUAUCGGCUGACUCGCCCGAAGCAACGCUUAAAUUAUCUCGUCAAAAUUGACCCAGAUGGGAAAUUGAGAUGGGAUCAUAAUGGUCAAUAUGUGGACACUAGCCCUGGUAAAUGGCGCGAUGCUGGUGAAGGGAAAGGUAUCCUUCCAAUAGACGAAAGUAAUGAACCCAUCUCCGCACCUCCGGUAAACCGUACCAGAUCCGAUUCGUCAUCCAGCUCGAGUUCAGAAGAGGAGUUACAAGCUGCACAGCACUAUCAAGAGGAUCUGGAAGGACAAGUUUACUACAAAGGGUCUCAUGGAGAGACUAUUGAGGAAGACGGUACAGAAGAAUACAUGGGUAUAUGUCUCGUAACAUCUGCUGGCCUUAUCAAGAGCAAAUAUAGAACUUCUAUCGAUCAUUACAGACAAUUCUUGGAUGCUAUGAAGGACAGAGGGCUCGAUUUGCAUAGAUCUCGAACACUGGAAAGCCUUUACCAAGUCUACGAAAGAGACGACGAAGAAGGCCAAGAAGGCA